CUCAGAAUUCCUUUUACCAGUCAACUACGAGUACAUCUCGUGGGAGAUGUUUCACGGCCGCCGUCUAUCCUGAACUUCAGCAAACAUGCCACCUCUUCGCCCCUCCCUCGUCCGACCGCUGCAGCGACAAAGUCGCUCAUUAUUCUCAACCUCCGCUUCUUCCUCUGGACCUCGACAUCUUCUUUCCCUUUCGGAGGUCACGUCGACAGAACUGGCCACGCUGGUGAACAAUGCCACCCACCACAAAACCCACAGAGCAGAUGCAGCAUGGCCACUGCGAAAUUCUCUUUACGGCCAGACCGUCGCACUCCUCUUCUCCAAACUCUCCACCCGCACGCGAGUGUCGACCGAAGGCGCCAUAGCCUCGAUGGGCGGACAUCCCAUGUUCUUGGGGAAGAAUGACAUACAACUCGGAGUCAAUGAGUCACUGUACGACACGUCCAAAGUGAUAUCGAGCAUGGUGUCGUCCAUCGUGGCGCGAGUCGGUCCACACGCGGACAUUGCGAACCUGGCCAAGGACUCGUCCGUGCCGGUGAUAAACGCACUUUGCGACACAUACCAUCCCAUGCAAAUCAUUGCGGACUUUGCGACCCUCACACAAAGCUUCAAUUCGUCGGCGGAGAACCUCAAGGGAUUGAAGAUUGCCUGGGUGGGUGACGCCAACAACGUGCUGUUCGACAUGUGCAUCGGCGCGAAGAAGUUGGGCAUCAACAUGGCCGUUGCCACACCCGAAGGCUAUGAGAUUCCGGACAGAAUGAAACAAGAAAUCAAUAGUACCAAAGGCGACGGGAAACUGGAGGAGACCAACGUGCCCGAAGAAGCGGUCAACAAAUGCGAUGUCAUCGUCACCGACACGUGGAUCUCAAUGGGCCAGGAGGAAGAAAAGGUUAAGCGAUUAAAGGCCUUCGAAGGGUAUCAGGUCACCAAUGCUAUGGCUGAACGAGGCGGAGCGAACGAGUCUUGGAAGUUCAUGCACUGUCUGCCGCGACAUGCCGAGGAGGUCAAUGAUGAAGUCUUCUACGGUGAUAGAUCGCUGGUUUUCCCAGAGGCUCAAAAUCGGUUGUGGUCUGCUAUCGCCACGCUGGAAGCAUUCGUGGUAAAUAAGGGCGAGAUCCGGAAAAGUUCAUAGACUCCCGGAAAGAAAGACAUUCUUGAAAAGUUUGGCCGAGUAGAUGGGAAGUAUCGAGCCGCUCUGGUUCGUCUGAGUUUAUAUAUAUAUAUCGCUUGAUCUCGAGCAUGAUAUCAAUUUGACUGGAUGUCUGUGGAAGUAUAUGCUAGGAAGCAAUCCAUGACCAGAUCGUCUUCCUUGGCCCC